AUCAAAACAGUCGAAGAGAAUAUCACAGAAAUUCGAAAGCGCCUUUUAGAUCUGUGAUUUUAGAUCGGUGACAGGUUUAGAUAUUUUUAAAUACAAUGGAGCCGUUCAACGACGAGGAUAUCAGAAUGUACUUUUAUGAGAACAGAUUGAAAACUUUCGAGGGGUGGCCAUUCAAUGAAGACUGCAAGUGUACCCCGGAGAAUAUGGCCAAAGCUGGUUUCAUUCACACUCCUUCAGACAACAGCCCAGACAUCGCCAUGUGUUUCUUCUGCCUUAAAGAGCUGGAGGGCUGGGAGCCGGAGGAUGAGCCAGAAAAGGAGCACCAGUCUCAUUCACCAUCCUGCUACUUCAUCGCCCUGAAGAAGAAAGUAGAAGAACUGUCUGUGGAGGAAUUCAUCAAGCUUCAGAAGGAGAGACACAAGUCCAUCAUUAGCAAAUCCUGUAAAGAGGCUGUCACCAAGUUUGAAGAGGCAGCUAAAUUAAGAAGAGCAGAAAUCAUAAAGACAGCCAUGGGAGAAGAGUGACGCCAGAGAUGAUGCUGAUGAAUGAGAUGGGUGAUGUGUGAGAGAUUCAUUUUGUCUGACGGGGGACUGGUCUGAGAACCCAUGUUGCUCCAUAUCUCCUCUGUAAUGUAUCUGUGAUGUUUUUUGUGUGCUCAGUUUUUACCCAUUAAACUUGUACUUUGAGGUCA